AUGGUCCGGUUGGCACUACCUUCACGGUUGAGCUCCCACCUCUCCGCGAGAAGCGCGUCUUCAACUCCGGGUCAGAGCAGGAGCACGAGUCCUAUGCGAUCAUCAGAAACAAAACCUUUAUUACUCAAGGUUUCAGUGAUCCGAGGACGCAACCUCGCAGCCAAAGAUCGCGGUGGCACAAGUGAUCCAUAUUUAGUGGUUACAUUGGGAGAUGCGAGGCAGUCAACACCAACGAUCUUCAAGACCCUGAACCCGGAAUGGAACGUCUCGUUCGAAAUGCCCGUCAUGGGUGUACCGCUACUGGAAGGAAUAUGUUGGGACCACGAUCGAUUCGGCAAGGAUUAUCUGGGCGAAUUCGACAUCGCAUUGGAGGACAUCUUCACUGAUGGCCAGGUGAACCAAGAGCCGAAAUGGUACACGCUUAACUCGAAGCGCAAAACGUCUAAGAAGAAGGAUAGCACUGUGUCGGGCGAAAUAAUGCUGCAGUUCUCGCUCGUCGAUUCCGCAAACCCCGUUGCCACGCCGCCGGAGAUAUACCGAAAGUUUAAAAGAUUGGUAUACUCGGGAGAUGAGGAUGAGCAGAUCCCACCUGCCGACUUCGACGAUCUCGAUCGCGACGAAGAGACCUCCGACGAGCCCGAUGACCAGACAGGUGGACCAGAAGUGGGGGAGAAGCGUCGCCGGCGACUUCGACUGGCCCGCUUGAGGCGUAAGUCGCUCGCUGCUCGUGCAUACCAGUUCUCUGGAUCGGGAACUGGAGUGCAUGGCAUUGUGUUUAUGGAAAUUGUUCGGGUGACUGAUCUUCCCCCUGAGAAAAAUGUGACGCGAACAUCCUUCGACAUGGAUCCCUUCGUUGUGACAUCACUAGGAAGGAAAACGUUGAGAACACCUGUUAUCCGCCAUAACCUGAAUCCGGUGUAUCAUGAGAAGAUGGUCUUCCAGGUGAUGCGACACGAACAAUCCUAUACCAUCAGCUUCACAGUCAUGGACCGAGACAAGUUCUCGGGCAAUGACUUUGUUGCCUCGGCGGGUUUUGCUCUUCAAAAUCUCGUGCAGUCUGGUCCAGUUGCGGACCCCGAGACGGGCCUGUACCAAUUCGUAGAGGGACCGGAGGAAGUUGAUCCCACCACAAGUGCCAAGUUUGGUGGAAGAUCUGGGGUCAGCCCCUCUCGACCUGGAAUCAGCCCUUCGCACUCUUCAUCAAGUCUUUCCAGAAUGGCUCGCCCAAUAUUGAAGACCCGCAACUCCGCCACAUCAGUUUCGAGUCAGUCUAUACAAGAAGCAACGGUGCCAACCCUGCUCGCAUCGUCUCCUCUUCCGGCAGAAGGGAUCGCAGAGAUGGAUAGUGCUAGUACUUUGCAGGUGCCAUCUACAUCAAACAUGUAUGAUGGAGAUAAAUCGCCGCCAGCUGAUGAGGACGGGUUCAGAUCUUUUACCAUUCCUCUCAUGCUCAAGAACCGAGAGCGGUGGGAGGACAAACAUUCGCCGGAACUGCAUGUGAAGGCGAAAUACUUACCAUACAGCGCUCUGAGACAGCAGUUCUGGCGACUGAUGCUCAAACAGUAUGACGCAGACGAGAGUGGUCGCAUCGACAAGGUGGAGAUGACAACCAUGCUUGAUACCCUUGGUUCGACUUUGAAAGAAUCGACCAUUGACAGCUUCUUUGAGCGCUUCAGCGAAGAGAAUGAAGCCAAUGGAACAGACGAUCUUUCCUUCGAUCAGGCGGUAAUCUGCCUGGAAGACACGCUCCAGACUUUGCAGAAGCGCAACUCAAUGGCUGUUCCUAAAAUCCCCUCACUUCCUCCCCUGUCAAAUUCCGGAAGCCAAGAAAGCGAGCAAUCCAGCAGCGACGAGCACGCAUUAGAAACCAGUAUGGCCGCUGCAUCCAACACCGACCCACGGAAAACCAACAUCCCGACCCUUUCGAGCGAAGAAAGCUCCACUGAUGAGUAUCUUCAGCCCGACGAUCUCGCCGACGAAAGAGGCGAGGAGCACGUCAUAGAAAUUCGCGAGUGUCCUCUUUGCCAUCAGCCCCGUCUCGCGAAGCGCUCUGAUGCUGAUAUCAUCACGCACAUCGCUACAUGUGCGAGCCGUGAUUGGCGACAGGUUGACAACCUGGUGAUGGGCGGAUUUGUGACGUCCAGCCAGGCACAGCGCAAGUGGUACUCCAAAGUCAUUACGAAGAUCUCAUAUGGUGGUUACAAACUCGGAGCGAACUCGGCCAAUAUUCUUGUCCAAGAUCGUAUCACGGGUCAGAUUAACGAGGAGCGCAUGAGUGUUUAUGUGCGCCUCGGAAUUCGACUGCUAUAUAAAGGUAUCAAGAGUCGAGAUAUGGAAAAGAAGAGAAUUCGCCGUGUGCUGCGCUCUCUGAGUGUUAAACAGGGUCGCAAAUAUGACGAUCCAGCCUCGGCAUCCCAAAUUCAGGACUUUAUCAAUUUCCAUCAGCUGGAUAUGUCUGAAGUCUUGAUGCCUCUGGAAAAGUUCCGCAAUUUCAACGAGUUCUUCUACCGCGCUCUCAAGCCCGAUGCCCGCCCCUGUUCUGGCCCCGAUGAGCCGAAAAUCGUCGUAUCUCCCGCCGACUGUCGCUCCGUUGUCUUCGACCGCAUGAGCGAUGCAACAAGUAUCUGGGUGAAGGGCCGCGAGUUCUCGAUUGAAAGAUUGUUAGGCGAUGCCUAUCCAGAGGAUGCAGCUCGGUACCGCAAUGGUGCGUUGGGAGUGUUCCGGCUAGCGCCUCAGGACUACCACCGCUUCCACAUUCCUGUGGAUGGAAUCAUGGGUGAGCCUAAAACCAUCGAGGGCGAGUACUACACGGUGAACCCUAUGGCGAUUCGAUCUGCACUAGACGUAUAUGGCGAGAAUGUCCGCGUUCUCGUUCCUAUUGACUCCGUCGAACAUGGCAGGGUCAUGGUCGUCUGUGUUGGUGCUAUGAUGGUGGGCAGCACGGUCAUCACCCGAAAGGCCGGCGAGAAGGUUUCACGAGCUGAGGAGCUGGGAUACUUCAAAUUCGGUGGUAGUACUCUCCUGGUACUUUUCGAAGAAGGCAAGAUCAGCUUCGACAGUGACCUGGUGGAUAACUCCAAGGGUCCUUUGGAGACUUUGAUCCGAGUUGGAAUGUCUGUUGGACACAGUCCUGAUAUCCCACAGCAUGAGCCUGAUAUGCCCAAGAAGGCAGAGAAUAUCACUGCCGAGGAGAUGCAAGAAGCCAAGCGGCGCAUCGAAGGUAGCUUGGCACCUCCAAGCAAUCCUCAAACUUUACUCAAGACGAUGAAAUGA